ACCAAGAAGUACACCACAGUCUAUAGAAUAUGCUAUGUUAUAGCAAGCAAACAACAAGCAAUUAUUAUUCGCUACAACAUAACCCAACACUAGAUAUUUGACGAGCAAACACAUAAGAAGGAAACAAACAUUUGCGUUGGUGGUCGCGGUCGAUUGUAGCAUUCGUUAGGGUCGCACCGUUUCAUAACGUUCGUUUAUGAUUUUAGAAAAUGACAAGUUUACAGCAAGAAAAUACAAGUGUGGUAUUACACAAGAGGGACAGAGAAGAAAAACCAUUAUGUGACAUUGUGGUGGAAAACCUGAAAGUAAGAGAACCUGCUGAUAACGAGGUCAUCGUCAGAAUGAAUUCAGUAGGAAUUUGUGGCUCCGACGUGCACAUCUGGAUGACCAGUGGGAUCGGACAUUUCAUGAUGAAUGGUCCUAUGGUUGCAGGACACGAAGCUUCAGGGACUAUUGAAAAAUGUGGAAAUAAAGUGAAGCACUUGAAGCCAGGUGACAGGGUUGCGAUUGAACCUGGAUAUCCUCUGACUGAAGAUGAAUUCAGUAAAUCUGGUCGAUACAAUUUAAGUGAAGACUUGUUUUUCGGUUCUGCACCUCCCGAUAACGGACUGUUGCAACGAUAUUAUACUCACAGGGCGGAUUUCUGCUACAAACUUCCAGACAAUGUUUCUUUCGAAGAAGGUGCACUUAUAGAACCAUUGUCAGUAGCUAUUCAUUCAUGUCGCCGAGUUGGAGUGACUCUUGGACAUCGAGUUCUGGUGCUAGGUUCUGGUCCAAUUGGGCUAGUUAGCUUACUGGUUGCUAAAGCAUAUGGAGCUGCUUCUGUUAUCGUAGUAGACAUACUUGCAAGUCGCCUUGAGAAAGCAAAGGAACUUGGAGCAAAUUUUACAUUGGAGGUAAAAACUGGUGAAAAACCUCAAGAGACUGCCAGAAAAAUAAAGGAACUUCUAGGAGGAAUGCCAGAUCGUACUCUUGAAUGCACAGGUUCAGAAGCUGGAUUGCAAACAGGAAUAUAUGCCACCAAAUCCGGUGGACGUCUUGCUGUUAUUGGAGUCGGAGAAAGCAACAAGACAUUGCCAAUAGUACAUGCUGCAAUGAGAGAAGUCGAUAUCAUUGGAAUUUUUCGUUAUUGCAACACAUGGCCAGCGGCUAUUAACAUGCUUGCAUCUGGGCAAAUCGACGUAAAGUCAUUGGUAACUCAUAGGUUUCCGAUUGAAAAAGCUCAAGAAGCUUUUGAAUUCACUCGCGGGGGGAAAGGAAUAAAAGUCAUGAUUAAAUGUGAGAAGGACUAGUAAAACAUAACACAUUUGUUUAAUCAAGUUUCGUCAUAUAAAACGUAUAGUUUCAGCAAUUAUGUAUGCAAACCUUGUUGUUGUAUAUAUAUAUUUUGAUUGUGGCAUUCGAUAUGGUUGUAUAUUUUCUGCUGUGCUUUUUAAAUUUUUCGAUGAUUUUACAACCUGAAAACAAUAUUCGUGCGUAUCAGAGUUACUAAGCGUUGGAUUUCGGAUUUCUAACGUCUGUGCGAAUAAAAUAUUUUUCUUUUUAAUCAGAAAUAUAGUUUAUAUUAAUGCAUGGGUAUUUUUAAUUCUGUAUUCGUCUGUCAAAUUAAUAAACCAUAAUCCUUUGCGUAUCACUCAAAUA